AUAGCCAGCGGCUUCGUUUGUUUUGAUUGAAUUGGAAACAGUUUUUGGAUUUUUCAGAUAUUUAAGUGGACAAAGCAUACUGAUUUAAUAAAAAUGGAUGGUGAUCUUUAUGAUGAAUUUGGAAAUUAUAUUGGUCCAGAUUUAGAAUCAGAUUCCGACGAUGAUCAAAGUGUUUAUGGACAAGAUAAUCGUGAUGCCGAUGAAGACGCAAUGGAGGAAGAUGAAGACGCUGACGCGGAGCCUGAAGCGGCACCAAUGUCUGUCGUAUUACACGAAGACAAGCGCUACUAUCCACAAGCGGUAGAAGUGUACGGGCCAGAUGUAGAGACAGUAGUGCAGGAGGAGGAUACUCAAGCCCUUGAUAAGCCCUUAAUAGAACCAGUUAAGAAUAAAAAGUUUCAGUUGCAAGAGCAGCAGUUGCCGCACACUAUUUAUGAUAUGGAGUACCUCGCGGACAUGUUGGAUAAUACUAACUUAAUGAGGAACAUCACAUUGAUGGGACAUUUACAUAAUGGAAAGACAUCAUUUGUUGAUUGUCUUAUGCGACAGACCCACCCGGAUACAAUUAACAAUGACACCACUAUACCCAUGCGGUAUACCGACACCCUGUUUGUGGAGCAGGAGAGAGGAGUCUCUAUCAAGUCUAUGCCAGUCACUCUCCUCCUAAAGGAUAUAAAAGGGAAAUCGCACCUCUUGAAUAUCAUGGACACGCCUGGCCAUGUCAAUUUCAGUGAUGAAGUGACUGCUGCUUUAAGGAUUUCAGAUGGUGCGAUACUAUUUGUGGAUGCUGCAGAAGGCAUAAUGCUCAACACUGAGCGCCUCCUCCGGCAUGCAGUACAAGAGCGAGUACCAUUGACACUGUGCAUCAACAAGAUCGACAGACUCAUACUGGAGCUGAAGUUGCCGCCCGCAGAUGCAUAUUAUAAGCUCAGACAUAUCAUAGAUGAGCUGAACUCAGUGCUGGAGACAACUCACCCGCAGGACAAUCCCGAUGAACCUGUGACUAUAUUCUCUCCGUUAUUGGGUAACGUCUGCUUCGCAUCGUCCUUGUACGACGUGUGUUUCACGCUGGAGUCGUUCGCUGCUAUGUACGCAAACACCGUGGACUGCGGGUUGCGCGCCUCCGACAUGGCGGCGUGGCUCUGGGGCGAUGUAUACUUCAACGCGAAGACGAGGCGUUUCACCAAGAAACAGCCGCACUCCUCGGCGCAGAGGAGCUUUGUGGAGUUCAUAUUGGAGCCGCUGUAUAAGAUUUUUGCUCAGGUGGUUGGCGAUGUAGACACGACAUUGCCAGAUGUUCUGGCCGAGCUGGGGAUAAAGCUGACCAAGCAAGAGGCUAAACUCAACGUGCGACCGCUGUUGCGACUCGUCUGUAGCCGCUUCUUUGGCGAUUUUUGCGGUUUCGUGGACAUGGUGACGCGCCACGUGCCGUCCCCGCUGGAGGCGGCGCCGCGCAAGGUGGCGCACUGCUACCGCGGCGCGGCGGGCGCGCUGCGGGACGACAUGCUCGCGUGCGACCAGGCCGGCCGGCUCGUCGCGCACACCACCAAGAUGUACCCCACCGACGACUGCACGUUCUUCUUGGUUCUAGCUCGCAUAAUGUCGGGCACGCUGUACGCAGGACAGACCGUGCGGGUGCUCGGCGAGAACUACAGUACGCAGGACGAGGAAGAUUCUAGAAUCAUGAACGUGGGACGCCUGUGGAUCUUCGAGGCUAGAUAUAAGGUGGAACUGAACCGAGUGCCAGCUGGUUGCUGGGCUCUCAUAGAAGGCAUCGACCAACCGAUAGUUAAGACCUGCACCCUGGUCUCGGCUGAUGAGGAGGAGGAGCUGCACACGUUCAAGCCGCUCAGGUUCAACACGCAGGCCAUCGUGAAGAUAGCCGUGGAACCGGUCAAUCCAUCGGAACUGCCCAAAAUGUUGGACGGAUUGAGAAAAGUGAACAAAUCUUACCCGGUGCUGUCCACCCGCGUGGAGGAGAGCGGCGAGCACGUCAUACUCGGCACCGGCGAGCUGUACCUCGACUGCGUGAUGCAUGACCUCAGGAACAUGUACUCCGAGAUUGAUAUUAAAGUCGCGGACCCGGUGGUGUCGUUCUGCGAGACGGUGGUGGAGACGUCGUCGCUGAAUACCAGAUACGAUUGGGAUCUGUUAGCCGCUCGUUCCAUCUGGGCGUUCGGUCCGGACGCCACCGGGCCCAACAUCCUCGUAGAUGACACGCUACCCUCGGAGGUGGAUAAACACCUGCUCGCGUCUGUGAAAGAUAGUAUUGUACAAGGUUUCCAAUGGGGCACAAGGGAAGGUCCACUGUGCGAAGAGCCAAUUCGCAACGUUAAAUUCAAGAUCCUUGAUGCGGUGAUUGCUAAUGAGCCGCUGCACAGAGGCGGUGGACAAAUCAUACCCACGGCGAGGCGGGUGGCGUAUUCAGCAUUCCUAAUGGCGACUCCGCGUCUGAUGGAGCCCUACCUGUUCGUGGAGGUGCAAGCGCCGGCUGAUUGCGUCUCCGCGGUGUACACUGUACUGGCUAAACGGAGAGGCCACGUGACGCAAGACGCGCCGGUGCCCGGUUCCCCCCUGUAUACGAUCAAGGCGUUCGUGCCGGCCAUAGACUCGUUCGGCUUCGAGACGGACCUGCGCACGCACACGCAGGGCCAGGCGUUCUGCCUACAGGUGUUCCACCACUGGCAGAUAGUGCCGGGCGACCCCUUGGACAAGAGUAUCACUAUACGGCCAUUGGAACCUCAGCCAGCAACGCAUUUAGCUCGCGAGUUCAUGAUAAAGACGCGAAGGCGGAAGGGCCUCAGCGAGGACGUGUCUAUCAAUAAAUUCUUCGACGACCCUAUGUUGUUGGAGCUCGCGAGACAAGAUGUACAAUUUAAUUAAAUGAUUCUA